AUGUUUAUUCUUUGAGAAAUCUUUUUUUUUUCUAGAUGCUAUAUUAUAUUUCUUUGAUUUUCUUCACCACCCCACCCCCACUAUAACUCCCCCACCCCGACCCCUCCGUCUUUCCCACUACAAGUACCCUCCAUUUUUCUCUCUCUCACCACCUUUCACUACCUAAAAUCCCAUAAACCAAACACACCCUUCUCUUUCUAAAAUAGAAAAAUAAAAAAAAAAGCUUCAAAAUUUGGCACUUUCAAACUGGCAAUUGAUCAUAAUCAAGAUUCUACUAUCCUGGAAAUCAAGUACAAGAACAGAAGAAUUAUGGGUGCUGGAGGACAAGAUGAAGAAGAAAAUAAUUGGCCACCAUGGUUAAAUCCAUUGCUUAAAGAAAGAUUCUUUGGUCAAUGCAAAUUACAUGUUGAUUCUCAUAAAAGUGAAUGCAAUAUGUAUUGCCUUGAUUGUAUCAAUGGUCCUCUUUGUUCUCUUUGUUUAUCUCAUCACAAGGACCAUAUUGCAAUUCAGAUAAGGAGGUCAUCAUACCAUGAUGUGAUAAGGGUGAAUGAGAUUCAAAAGUAUUUGGACAUUUCAUCAGUCCAAACAUACAUUAUCAACAGUGCUAAGGUUGUCUUCUUGAAUGAAAGGCCACAACCUAGGCCAGGCAAAGGUGUCACAAAUACAUGUCAAGUUUGUGAAAGGAGCCUUCUUGAUUCCUUCAAAUUUUGCUCUCUUGGUUGCAAGGUUAUUGGAACCUCAAAGAACUUCGUUAAGAAGCUGAGGCAGUUAUCAACGAAGAGGCGGCUAACAAUGGCAACAUCAGACUCCGAUGACUCUUGCAGCAGUAGUAGCCACCGCGGGUACAAAAGCGCCAUCAACAAAAUCCAAAGUUUUAUUCCGUCAACGCCCCCUCCAACUUCUGCUAAUUACAGAACGACCAAGCGAAGAAAAGGAAUUCCACAUAGAUCCCCAAUGGGAGGACUACUCAUAGAAUAUUAAGUCUUGAUAUACACAAAAUAUACAACUUUAGUUCUUACAAUUAUUAAAAAAUACUAGUGCCUUUCUCUCAAGAAGGCCAGUAUUUGAUAGUUGUGUAUGUAUAAGAACAAUAAUGUAAAUAGAGUGUUAGCAAGAUGAAAAGUUGGAGGGUGAAAGUUGAAACAAGAAAAAAAUGAAAGGACUAAAUGGGUUAAGUUAGAAGUUUGGACUAUUAGAUAAUAAAGUUAUAUAAUUAUAUUUUUGAUGAUAUAAUACUGUUUAUUUGGUUGA